UAUCUCAGAGAGUGAAACUCAAAUAGAUCCACACAGAGUAAUCGAUUUCAAGUGUGUAUUCCUUGUAAUGUUGAUGAUUAUGGCUUACAGCUAAUGAAACCCAAAUGUCAGUAUCUCAGAAAAUUAGAAUAUCGUAGACUCAUGCUUAUCACAUUGCAAUCAGAUCAUUAGCACAAACGCCUGCAAAGGACUCCUAAGCCUUUAACAGGUCCCUCAGUCUGGUUCAGUGGGGUACACAAUCAUGGGGAAGACUGCUGACUUGACAGUUGCCCAGAAGACAGUCAUUGACACCCUCCACAAGGAGGGUAAGUCUCAAAAGGCCAUUGCUAAAGAAGUUGGCUGUUCACAGAGUGCCGUGUCCAAGCAUAUUAAUGGAAAGCUGAGUGGAAGGAAGAAGUGUGGUAGAAAAAGGUGCACAAGCAACAGGGAUAACCGCAGCCUUGAAAGGAUUGUCAAGGAAAGGCCAUUCAAGAAUUUGGGGGAGAUUCACAAGGAGUGGACUGCGGCUGGAGUCAAUGCUUCAAGGGCCACCACACACAGACGAAUCCAGGACAUAAGCUACAAGUUCUUGCAUUCCUUGUGUCAAGCCACUCAUGACCCAGAGACAACGUCUGAAGCGUCUUCCCUGGGGGGAGCCCAGCACUGUGCACACAUGGCAUCAGGCUGCAGCGAGCUAGAAUCAGCUAUUGAGAUUUUGGUCCGGAAAUUUUAUGACUAUGCCAAGAGGAAAGGGAAGCAUGACAAGAUGAACAAGAAGGAAUUUCGUGAGAUGGUGGCGAAGGAGCUGCCACACGUACUGACUAACACACAGAACAAGGAGGCAGCGAACAAGCUGAUCCAGUCCUUAGAUUUGGACGAGGAUGGGAAGAUUAGUUUUGAUGAGUAUUGGACAUUGAUCGGGGAGAUUGCCCUGAAGCUGAGCCAACAGAUGGCGAUGCAGUACCAGGAGCGACACUGAAGGCUUGUUCUGCCCUCCGUCCAGCAGGGGGCAGACGACUGAUAAGAUGGAGCCACGUAUUCGUGGACAGCACUGACUGUUAGGUUAUAACCGUCUUAGUUCUAGAAUCCUUCACAGACUGUGUUAUCUGAGCCAAGGAACAAAGGUGUGAAGGGAGGUCACUACAUGUGGGAGGCCUCGCUGCAGCGGACAUGGUGUCAGGAUCCAUCCUGGGCUGCCAGUGCCACGCUGGGUGUUCCUCCUCUCAGCAGAUGAUGGGAGUACUCAGUAUGCUGAAUUUAUGUGUACUAUGUCCUGUGUAUCCGGUGUAUGAACAAACAUCAUUUUGACCAAUUAUUAUUUUUUUUGCUGUAUUUUGAUGUUUAAAUUGUAAGCCAAAGGACAGUGCCACCUAGUGGUGAAAUGUGGUAGAACAUGACUGAGGCAUACGUUAAUAUAUAAAUAUAUUGUAAUUGA